AACUCAAUCCUGGUGAACAAGACCCUACAGCAGGACUUCCCCAGCAUGGUGGGCGACAGAUUGUUACCAAAUACCAGCGCGGUGGUCAUCGACAUGGGCACAGGCACCUGUAAGGUGGGCUUCGCGGGACACGCCCAGCCCACCUACACCGUGGCCACCAUCGUGGGCUGCAAGCCCAAGAAGUCGGCCACCACGGGGCAGCUGGUGCUGGAGACUUUCAUUGGCGAGGCCGCCUGCGAGCGCCCAGAGCUGAUGCUGGUAAAGCCAGUACAGAACGGCAUCGUGGUAGACUGGCUCGCGGCCGAGUUCAUCUGGCGCCACCUGCUGGAGCACGACCUCUGCGUGGCCACCCAGGACCACCCGCUGUUGUUCUCUGACCUGCCCUUCAGCCCCUCCACCAACCGUGAGAAGCUAGUAGAGGUGGCCUUCGAGUCAAUGCAUUCCCCCGCCAUGUAUGUGGCUUCCCAGGCAGUGCUGUCUGUCUAUGCGCACGGGCGGGUCAACGGGCUGGUGGUGGACCUGGGCCACGGAGUCACUUCCACGGUGCCGGUCUUCCAGGGCUACCACCUGCCCCACGCCACCGAGCGCCUCGACCUGGCAGGCACCCACCUGACCGCCUUUUUGGCGGAGAUGCUGCUGGGCUCCGGUUUGCCGCUAGGGCAGCAGGACCUGGACAUUGUGGAAGACAUCAAGCACCGCUAUUGCUAUGUGGCCUCCGACUUCCAAAAGGAACAGGCCCGGCCAGAGCUGGAGUGCCGGCAGAGCCUGAAGCUGCCCGAUGGCCAGAUGGUCACGCUGGGUAAGGAGCUGUUCCAGUGCCCAGAGCUGCUGUUCAGCCCCCCGGAGAUACCUGGGCUGUCGCCCGUGGGUGUCCCCGCCAUGGCCAAACGGAGUCUUAACAAGGUGCCCCCGGAGGUGCGGGCGGACAUAGCCCAGAACGUGCUGCUCUGCGGAGGUUCUUCGCUCUUCACGGGAUUGGAGGACCGCUUCCGCAAGGAGCUGCUGCACAGUUUGCCCUCCGAGGCACACGUGGUGGUGGUAGCCCAGCCCACCCGGAACUUUUCCGUGUGGAUCGGGGGCUCCAUCCUAGCCUCACUGUGCUCCUUCCAGUCCUGCUGGGUCCUGAGGGAGCAGUAUGAGGAGCAGGGACCCCACAUCGUGUAUAACAAAUGCUACUGA